UUUUGUGAAGACUCAAUUAAAAGGAGUGUCCUCCUGUUCUUCUGUCACCCAUCAGACUGAGUUGCACAUGAAUGCCAGCAUGCUGUCAUACAUACUCUUCUCUUGUUUGCUGCUCUCUGUGCAAGCACAGAAUUGCAGUGUCGGUGAAAUUAUCCGGUAUACAAAGCGUCUACUUGAGGAAAGUUCUGUAAGUUGCCCAUGUAGGGAGACAGCUGUCAGUUCAUGUUCAUGUCUUCCCAUCGCUGAGCCUGGCCACGAAUUGGCAUGCUUUGUGGAAGGAACUGAAUACAUGCUGAAAAACAACAUCUCUUCAAAUGUAAUAAUUGCAAGGCUUAAUGUAGCCUUUCAGACUCAGCUGGGUAGAAACCUCUGUGAGAGCCUGGCACGCGGAGAUCAAUGCCAGUACAAGACCAAGGGAAAUGUGAAGGAAUUUUUGAAUAAAAUCCUGAGAACCUAUCAAGCAAUCAAUAAACCUAGAGCUUAAAAAAAAAUUUUAAAAACCCCAAAACUCUCGAUAAGAAGAGGGAACAGAAAAGUUAUUUAUUGUAUUUAUUGUCCACCUGAAAUAUAAAGGGUAGAAAUAAUGACUGCUAAACCAAUAAAACUGCAAUUUACCUGA